ACUCAGAUGUGGACAAAGGAGACGGCAAGGUCAAGUAUGUUUUAUCUGGCGAGGGUGCCAGCUCCAUCUUCACUAUCGAUGAAAACACGGGAGAUAUCCACGCCACAAAGCGCCUCGAUCGGGAGGCUCAGGCCUACUACACCCUUCAAGCUCAAGCUGUAGACCGACUCACCAAUUUACCUGUCGAGCCCAAGUCGGAGUUUGUGGUCAAGGUCCAGGACAUCAACGAUAAUGAGCCUAAGUUUCUUGAUGGGCCGUACUUGGCAGGGGUGCCAGAGAUGUCACCCUUAGGAACCAUGGUAGUGCAAGUGGCAGCCCCAGAUGCAGGUACAUAUGGGAACAGUGCCAGGGUGGUCUACAGCAUCAUCCACGGACAGCCAUACUUCUCAGUGGAGCCCAAGACAGGUAUCAUCAGAACAGCUCUGCCCAACAUGGACCGGGAGACGAGGGACCAGUAUGUACUCGUCAUCCAGGCCAAGGACAUGGUCGGACAGAUGGGCGGCCUCUCCGGCACCACCUCCGUCACCGUCACACUCACUGAUGUCAACGACAACCCACCUCGGUUCACUCAUAAGAGCUAUCAGUACACGGUGCUGGAGUCACUGCCGGUGCAAUCGGUGGUGGCCAGAAUUAAAGCAGCUGAUGCUGAUAUAGGCUCCAAUGCAGAGAUGGACUAUAGGAUCAUGGAUGGAGAUGGCAUAUUCAACAUAACAACACAUGAGGAAACACAAGACGGGGUCAUCAUCCUGCUAAAGCCUCUCGACUUUGAAACAAAGAGCAGCUUUUCUCUGAGAAUUGAAGCCACAAACAGGAAUAUUGACUCCAACUUCUUGAGCAUGGGCCCAUUCAGUGACACAACAUCAGUCAAGGUGACAGUGGAAGAUGUGAACGAGCCACCCAUCUUUUCCUCACCGCUUAGCAAGAUGGUUGUUUCAGAGGACGCCAAUGUGGGCACCUCGAUUGGGAGAGUCUCUGCCCAUGACCCAGACACCUCCAGCAGUGCCAUCAGGUAUUCUAUUGACAGAAACACAGACUUGGAGCGCUUUUUCAAUGUGGAUGCUCUAAGUGGAGUCAUCAGUACAGCCAAGCCUCUGGACCGAGAGGCCAACUCAGUACAUAACCUCACCAUCUUCGCCAUCGAGAGCCAGGAUCCAACCCAAAUUGGGAAAGGCAUUGCUCUCAUCACAGUGCUGGAUAUAAACGAUAAUGCCCCAGUCUUUGCCAUAGACUAUGAAACUCUCCUCUGUGAAAACACCAUGCCGGGACAGGUGAUCCAGACCAUAAGUGCAGUGGAUAAGGACGAACCUCUGAGCGGCCAUCGCUUUUAUUUCGCACUGGCUGCACCUGUUGCCGGCAACCUCAACUUCACUCUGCGAGAUAACAAAGACAACACGGCGUCCAUACUGACGAAGCGAGGCGGCUUCAGGAGACGGGAACAGCCUGUGUAUCGGCUGGGCGUAUUGAUCACGGGUGGAAGUCCUUCCCUCAGCAGCACAAACACACUCUCAGUGCGUGUGUGUGACUGCGAUUCUGACGGCGUAGCCUCAUCUUGUGGAGCGGUGGCCUACACGGCGACUGGCCUGAGCACUGGUGCCCUUUUGGCUAUUUUGGGCUGCAUCAUCACACUUCUGGUGAUGGUUCUGCUAAUUGUGUCAAUGCGUCGGAGGAGGAAGGAGCCACUCAUUCUUGAGGAGGAGCGAGAUAUCAGAGAGAAUAUUGUUCGCUAUGAUGACGAGGGAGGGGGAGAAGAGGACACAGAGGCCUUUGACAUGGUUACCCUCCGCAACCUCAAUGUCAUCAGAGACCCCAGCGUGCGGCGUGAUGUAACACCAGAUACACCGACCUUUUAUCAUUACCCAUCAGGUACUCGCCCAUCCUAUAAAUCCCUGCCGGACAACGUGGUGUUUCGAGAGUUUAUUUGGGAGCGACUUAAGGAUGCUGAUGUGGACCCGUCAGCCCCCCCUUAUGACUCUCUCCAGACGUAUGCUUUUGAAGGCAAUGGCUCUGUAGCAGAGUCGCUAAGCUCACUGGAGUCAUUAAGUACAGAUUCAGAUCAGAACUAUGAUUAUCUCAGCAACUGGGGACCGCGUUUCAAAAAGCUGGCUGACCUGUAUGGCAACUGCGACGGCACCAGUGUCUUCUCAUAGCCCCCAGAUGUGUCUCAGCAUUUCUCGGACUUAAAAAUAAUAAUUUAUUGUCAGAGAAAAUGAUUUUUUUUCUGACUUAGUGCAUUGGGAAAAAAGAUUCAAAGACAACACAAGAGAGACUGAAAGAAACACAUCUCGACUUAAAAAGGUUUUUUUUUUUGUUUGUUUGGUUACCUCCUUAUAUGGAUUUUUAAAAGCGUGCCAUGGUGAGUUUUGUCACAGACUCCAAAAGUGGCUUUAAUGAGGAGGAAACCCUGUGUGCAAAUGACAUUAAAGGUCUCAGAUUUUGGGCUCAAGUCCAGCCAUUGACUGCAGAAUGUGUACAUGUUGGAGCAUUUUUCCCAGGAGGCACCUAUGCUUUCAUUCCAGCAGUGGGCACUGGUCCAGCUGCCUUGCUUUGAUGCAUUCCUUUGCUAUCUUUAUGCUAAAAAAACAUAAAAGUUCCUCAUGAAAUGUCAUGUCCCUGGUGGCUAAUCAGUACUCACUUGACUGUUUGUUAGAAUUUUGACAAUGAAUUCUAUGUUUUCUUUUGGUUGGGGGAGCAGGGCACUAAGGGGGUGGGUUUCAUAAACAUUUAAAUACAGAGCCACAUUAUUCAUGGACUCUGCCAUACCCCAACACUAUAUAAAAAGUGCAACACAUACAGUGCUGUAUAAAUAAGCAGUUGAUGUACUAAGGAAGUGAUAUGAAGAUAUAAGACAUAGGUGCAAAAGAAUGACACCCUUGUCAGUUUGAUGUCUCCACUGGGUGCAACAGGAAAGCAUAUAAUUUCUCUUACUCUCAUAAUAUAUUUUGCAGGAGUUGCAGUGUAGUGUUUGUCUGGUUUUUCCUUCAUCCUUUCUAUUACCAUGUCCAAUAUGUUUUCUCAGCCAUAAAAUGUCGGGUUUCCGCUGUUCUGCUUUUGUACAAGUCAGGGGCCUUGGGAACACCUGAUACAGCUUCGUUGAAGGAUCAGUCCUUGUUGUACCUGAUUGCAAGAUGCACCUAGAUUAGGAAAAAGAGACAGUUCUUACCUGGGUGAAGCUGCAGUUUGUAAGUAAAUGAAUUUUGCUUCUGUAGUUUGCAGAGUCUAGUAUAUAUUCUCCUGAAAUUGACAUGAAAUCAUGUCCAAGGUUUGUUUAUUGAUGGUGAAAGGACACACUGUAUGAUAAUCAUAUUGUGCCAAUUUUUUUCUAGCUUCAACAAAUUAUGUUACAGUUGGGUGUUGACAUGUACAACCGAUAUGUAUUAUUAUUUAUUUUGAAGAUGCAG